AUGACCGCCUUAGCGCCAGGUGCUCGGUCCUCUGAACAGUCGGCACGCGAGGAGGUCCUGCAGCUCCAUGACGUUAUAUGCAUCAUACUCGAACAGCUCGCGGCUAUCCGGCAACCCUCUCUAAAGCGCAUCGAACGGCGAGAUGGACGUGAGGUCGCGAUCGUUGACUUUGGUUGGCUGAGCGCCAGAUUGGUGUGCCGCGCAUGGAAUCUAGCAUACCAAAAAGUACGGCCUGUAAUCUUCGCCGAACAACUUGCCGCCAUACCAUACGCCCCAGCGAUCCAAUACUUUGCAUCCUACGUAACAGGGACCGCUCGCUUGGAUCUCGACGCGAUCUUCAAGCUGUCCGCUUCCCGUCCUGAGCUGAAGUCUCGCAUUCUCGACGAAACGUUGACGGCAGACUGGUCGAAGAUGGCGAGCACACUCAACAUCACUCUCGGCUACGCGGCCUCGGUCAAGUUUCCCCACAUGUACCUCACGCAUCACGGAGACGAUGUCGCAAGCCUGGCGAAGAUGGCCCUCACUGGAAUCAGUAGCUUGCCACUCACCAAUCUAACUCACUUGACGCUUGCAAUCCCCGAACCGCCGCCAGGAUCCGCUUGGAAGCCGCUUUCCCUCUCGCAGGUGAAGACAGCGCCGGUUCUUCGUCAUCUUCACUUGGUGGCAAUCACCCCUCGUCGAGACCACUAUAUCAGGACCGUCACCAUCCGUCAUGUGCUCGACGUGCAUGAGCUCAAAAAUUUCCUCGAGCCAUUCAAGUCGCUUCGGCGCCUGCUCGUGCAUGGAUUCGUCAUUUUCGACAAGGACUACUCUUACGCCCCCGACACGCCGCACAGUCCCGACGACCCGCCUUUGGAGCUCUCAGCCGACAUCGACGUGAUCUCACCCUCUAGCGUUGAUUCCAUCGACAUCCUGACAGCGCACAUUCACACGACCGGCGCUUUGAGCAUUAUCACAACCGUCAGUGACGACGCCCGCGUCCAUGACCGAGUUCGGUUCCUACGGGACAUUCAGUCGAUGACACGGAACGAAUCCAACGCUCUGACUGUCUACCAUUCUUCGUCCGCGGUCAUACUCUGCUUCCAUCACCUUCGCGCCGACGGUUCGUCGGACGCACGCGGCCUGAAUCUACUUCAUCCGGACUUUGUACGCGAAGUCGGUCUGGCCAAAGACGACCAUUGGCCCCAUCGGGCGAACAUGCAUUUCCAGUCCCCGCACGCCUUCACAAUAUGGCCCAUCGACAGGAGACACCUGAAGACUAUCGUCGAGAACUAUGCGCGCCGGAUCAAGUUCCUUGACAUCAGACGUCUCGGGUCGAUCGAGGAAUACAAGACUUGCAUUCCCUCCGAUGGCGUCAAUCUCAAAUGGGAACACUUGAGCUGUCACGGUGCCUACACCAAAGACUGGUCGAUCCGUGGCGACCACCGCUCUACGAUCGACGCGAUUAUAAACGUGAUAUUCAACGGUGCGCCGGAUGAAGAGGAAGAGGAAGAGGAUGCUGAGGAAACGGUGACAAGGCUCAAUGAGAUUGCCAGCCUGGGGUCGGACGCGUUUAGUGAUGAAGAGUACAUGGACGUGGAGGAGGAGGAAGAGGAAGAGGAAGAAGACCACACGACGUUGCCUGGAUUCAUGCGAUGGCUCGAGAGGUUGAUAGGGGACGGGGAAGGUGAAGGACAACAUGGGGGAGGGGAUGGCGUCACAUACGCCCACGACGCGACGUGA